AUGUGCAACAACUGGACAAUCCAGCCAAAAGCUGGACGUCUGGUCACACUACUUCCUACCAAAAUUAUUAGUAACAUGGGUGUACUAGAUGAAUCCAGACCACAACCUUGUAUCAAUACACCCGUCCCACCUGAUGAUAAACCGUUGGCUAGGGUGCAGGUGUUUUAUUCACCGUAUAAUCAGGCGGCCAUUGAUUUUAUCAAACUAAACAAGCAAGAUAAUCCUGAUGGUCUGUACGAGCUUAUGCUACCAGAGGUUGAAGGGGAAGUCAAGAAUAAGAUUGAGGUGGAUUAUAUACCCUGGGGUAGGGCUACCAGGGAUAAGGGUGACACUGGUUUUGCAUAUACUUGCCCUGAUGAUGAUACUGACUGUAUCGGCACUAGACUUCAUGCAUGUAUAGCUCGCAACCACGUCAGGGAUAUGGUUACACACUUACUUCACUUACUACUCCACGGGCUAGCAGAUACGGCUAAUGCACUGACAGCCUGUGCCGCUAAAGACAAUGUCGAGGGGAACGGCUAUUUAGAUGAGGUAUUAGCCGCCACUGAUGGUCUCUAUCCAGAAAUUACCCCAGAGAGUGAUCCACUGAUAUUAAUUAAUGGCGUUCGCAAUGAUAAAGCAUUGACUAAAGUUAGAUACGAAGUGUGCAAGGCAAUACCGAAAGAACUCAGACCAGAACCUUGCUCAGAUGUGACAGAGGAUCCGGAUGUGCCUGUUGACAUAAGUGUGCCAACUGAUAAAGUUAAAGUGCAGGUGUAUUACUCGCCGUAUAGUACAAAGUCCAUUGAUUUGAUUAAAUUGAAUGCCGAGGGAAAUGAUAAAGGAUUAUAUGAGUUGAUGUUACCCGAGGUGGACGGGGAGACUAAGUAUAACGUGGAAGUGGAUUAUAUACCAUGGGGUAGGGCUACCAGGGAUACGGAAACUGGUACUGGCAAGUUUACGUACACGUGCGCUGAGGGGGAUGACACUUGUAUAGCAACUAGACUUCACGGUGUACUAGCAUGUAUCGCUCGAAACCACGUGUCCUUAUACCACAAUCACCACGAGUUUUAUAUGAUUUUAUGCACAACUAAUCAAGAUACAUGGAUAACUGACCCAUUAGCACAGGUAGCCCAAUGUGCUAGAGAUGUGAAUGACGAGGGUCCUGAUGAGGGCAUAGCCGAUGCCCUUAAGGCCUGUGCCGCCGUAGAUAACACUGAAGGGAACGGCUACCUGAAUGAGGUGCUGGCAGCCACUGACAUAUUAUAUCCGGGAAUUGAUGAAGAUAGCGAUCCAUUGGUGUUAAUCAAUGGUAAACGUAGUGCUAAUGCGUUGACUGAUUUGAAAACCGCUGUUUGCAAUGCAUUUACCGAUGAAUCCAGACCACAACCCUGUACCAAUACACCCGUCCCACCCGAUGAUAAACCACUAGCUAAAGUGCAGGUGUUUUACUCGCCGUAUAGUCAGGCGGCCAUUGAUUUUAUCAAAUUAAACAAACAAGAUAAUCCCGAUGGCUUGUAUGAGCUCAUGCUACCAGAGAUUGAAGGGGAAGUCAAGAAUAAGAUCGAGGUGGAUUAUAUACCAUGGGGUAGGGCUACCAGGGAUAAGGGUGACACUGGUUUUGCAUAUACUUGCCCUGAUGAUGAUACUGACUGUAUCGGCACUAGACUUCAUGCAUGUAUAGCCCGCAACCACGUGUCCCUAUACCACAACCACCACGAGUUUUAUAUGAUACUGUGCACCACUGACCAGGAUACAUGGAAAACCAAUCCACUGGCACAGGUAGUCCAAUGUGUGAAUGAAGUAAAUGAUGAGGUGCCCGAUGCCGAUACGGCUAACGCACUGACAGCCUGUGCCGCCAAAGACAAUGUCGAGGGAAACGGCUAUUUAGAUGAGGUAUUGGCCGCCACUGAUGGACUCUAUCCAGAAAUUACUCCAGAGAGUGAUCCAUUGAUAUUAAUUAAUGGCGUUCGCAAUGAUAAAGCAUUAACUAAACUUAGAUAUGAAGUGUGCAAGGCAAUUCCGAAAGAGCUGAGACCAGCACCUUGCUCAGAUGUACCAGAGGAUCCAGAUGUCCCUGAUGACACAAUUGUACCAGCUAAUACAGUCAGAGUGCAAGUGUAUUACUCACCGUAUAGUCCGAAGUCUAUUGAUUUGAUUAAAUUGAAUGCCGAGGGAAAUGAUAAAGGAUUAUAUGAGUUGAUGUUACCUGAGAUAGAGGGGGAGACCAAGUAUAACGUGGAAGUGGAUUAUAUACCAUGGGGUAGGGCUACCAGGGAUACGGAAACUGGUACUGGCAAGUUUACGUACACGUGCGCUGAGGGGGAUGACACUUGUAUAGCAACUAGACUUCACGCAUGUAUAGCUCGUAACCACGUAUCUCUAUACCACAACCACCACGAAUUCUAUAUGAUAUUAUGCACCACUAACCAGGAUACAUGGACAACUGACCCAUUAGCACAGGUAGCCCAAUGUGCCAGAGAUGUGAAUGACGAGGGUCCUGAUGAGGGCACGUCCGAUGCCCUCAAAACCUGUGCCGGCGUAGAUAACACUGAAGGAAACGGGUAUUUAAAUGAGGUGCUGGCAGCUACUGAUAUACUUUAUCCAGAAAUUGAUGAAGCAAGCGAUCCAUUGGUGUUAAUCAAUGGUAAACGUAGUGCUAAUGCGUUGACUGAUUUGAAAAGCGCUGUUUGCAAUGCAUUCACCGAUGAAUCUAGACCGGCACCCUGUACCAAUACACCCGUACCACCGGAUGACAACCUAUUGGCUAGGGUUCAGGUGUUUUACUCGCCUUAUAGUCAAAAAGCGAUUGAUUUUAUCAAAAUAAAUAAGCAAGAUAAUCCAAAAGGACUUUACGAACUAAUGUUACCCGAAAUUGAGGGUGAAGUGAAAAAUAGGAUCGAGGUCGACUACAUACCAUGGGGUAGGGCUACUAGGGAUAAGGAUGACACUGGUAAAUUUACGUAUACCUGCCCUGAAAAUGACAAUGAUUGCGUGGCCACCAGACUGCACGCAUGUAUAGCUCGUAACCACGUGUCCCUAUACCAUAACCACCACGAGUUUUAUAUGAUAUUAUGCGUAACUGAGCAAGAAGAUUGGACUACCGACCCAUUGGCCAAACUGAGUGUAUGUGCCCAACAGGUCAAUGACGAGGGUCCUGAUGAGGGCACUUCAGACGCCCUCAAAGCCUGUGCCGCCGUAGACAGCGUCGAGGGGAACAGCUAUUUGAACGAAGUGUUGGCCGCCACCGAUGAGCUCCACCCCCUUAUUAGCACCGGUAAUCCAUUGGUAUUGAUUAACAGCAUUCGUAAUGACAAAGCGUUAGUUGAAUUAAAAUUUGAAGUCUGCAAAGCGAUACCGAAAGACCAAAGACCAACACUGUGUGCUGAUGUAACAGAUGAUCCAGAUGUCCCUGAUGACACAAUUGUGCCAGCUAAUACAGUCCGAGUGCAAGUGUAUUACUCGCCGUAUAGUCCGAAGUCUAUUGAUUUGAUUAAAUUGAAUGCCGAGGGAAAUGAUAAAGGAUUAUAUGAGUUGAUGUUACCUGAGAUGGAGGGGGAGACCAAGUAUAACGUGGAAGUAGAUUAUAUACCAUGGGGUAGGGCUACCAGGGAUACGGAUACUGGUACUGGCAAGUUUACGUACACGUGCGCUGAAGGGGAUACCACUUGUAUAGCUACUAGACUUCAUGCAUGUAUCGCUCGUAACCACGUGUCCCUAUAUCACAACCACCACGAAUUUUAUAUGAUACUAUGCACCACUAACCAGGAUACAUGGACAACUGACCCAUUAGCACAGGUGGCCCAAUGUGCCAGAGAUGUGAAUGACGAGGGUCCUGAUGAGGGCACGUCUGACGCCCUCAAAGUCUGUGCCGCCGUAGAUAAUGCUGAGGGGAACGGCUACCUGAAUGAAGUACUGGCGGCCACCGAUAUACUUUACCCCGAAAUUGAUGAA